UAUUAAUAAUAUUAUUUCUGGUUGUCAAUUUUCACGUAUGAGCUGUUCAAUAAUACAGUAUUUUAAAGUUUUUAAUAUUGAACAUUUUAAAACUACUUACAAAGAAUUGUAUUUCUCAUAUGAUAUAGUAUUAAUUGUGAACAAAGCAUAAGCUAACAUAAACUGAUAACCGUUUCUUAAAGUAUUCAUUUUUUAAUAUUUGCUUCAAUGGCUUGGAAGUCUCAUGGUCGUAGUAAUAUUGAACUUGUUCAGCACUUAAGAGCAAACAAUAUUAUUAAAAGUGAUAAAGUUGAAACAAUAAUGAAAGCUGUUGAUAGAGGAAAUUUUGUAUCAACAUCACCAUACUUAGAUCAACCACAAGGUAUUGGCUAUGGAGUAACUAUUAGCGCACCUCACAUGCAUGCAUAUGCUUUGGAAUUAUUAAAAGAUCAAUUAGUGGAUGGUGAACGAGCUUUAGAUAUUGGUUCUGGAUCUGGAUAUUUAACUGUUUGUAUGGCUGUUAUGUUAGGAGAAAAAGGCAAAGCUGUUGGUAUUGAUCAUAUACCUGAACUUGUUGAAAAAUCUAUCAACAACGUUAGAAAAGAUAAUCCUGAACUUUUAAAUUCCCAAAGAAUUAUUUUAGAAACUGGCGAUGGAAGAUUAGGACUAGAAAAGUAUGCUCCGUAUAAUGCUAUUCAUGUUGGAGCAGCAGCAGAAAAAAUUCCACAACCGUUAAUUGAUCAACUGAAACCUGGUGGAAGACUUGUAUUACCAGUAGGACCAAAGAAUGGAGACCAGGUAUUGCAAGUGAUAGAUAAAAAAUUAGAUGGUUCAUUAUCCAAGGAAAAGUUGAUGGGUGUUAUAUAUGUACCACUAACAGAUGCAGAAUCUCAAAGAAGUAAAAGAAAUUAUUGACUAUGCUUAUAAUUACAAAAUUAUAUGUUACCUAUUUACACUAUACUGAAUAAUCAGUUUCAUUCAAAAUAAUAUCAUUAGUA